CGUGUACCCGUGUCGCUGAGCUUCGAAGUUUGGGCGCGCGGAAAAAAUAUCGUAUUGUGAAAAGUUAUUCUGUGAUUGAUAAAUAUUUUCUUGGAGAACAAAAAAAAACAAUGGUGUGAAGGAAAUACAAGUUCGAAGAUGGACACAAAAGACGUCUUCGCUCUGACUUUGAUUUCAAUUUUAAAUAUUGAUACCCUGCUUGUCUUCGGCACGCUUCCUCCGUUCGACAAACACGGAACACGCUCUUUGAAUACAACCAAAACCGAGGGCAACGGUUAUGAAAAUGGUACCCACAUGGAAAUCCUAAAUGAAAAUUCGUGGAAAAUCAAUUUAUCUGGAGACCACGACUUCAGUUUUGGUAUACCAGCCGUACCUAGCAGGGAAGAUGGAAAACUGUACAAAGUGGACAGCUUGCGGGGACAUCACUCGACAGAUAAAAAAACAGGUUUGGACAGAAGAAAAAGAAUGUCAGCGAACCGGGUCAUCAUCACACAGCAUUUCACGGAGCGAACCAUCACACCCGGCGGUGAUAUCAGCAUGCAGUGCGCAGCCACUGGCGAUAAGCCUCCACAGUUUGUUUGGGAAAGAGACGGCAUUGUGGUGUCAAGCAAUACAGAUCCUAGAUAUGCUUUAGGACAAGUCAUGACAUCAGACAAUUCGGUGAUCGCCCAACUAAAUAUAACAAGAGUCAGAGUCGAAGAUGGAGGGCUUUACACGUGCACCGCUAAGGAAGGAGAAUAUAGUGCUAGUCACGAAAACAGACUGGAUAUUUAUGGCCCACCAUAUAUCAGAUCCCUGCCACCAAUCAAAGUGCAGAGCGGAGAAUCGGUAAAUUUAAGAUGUCCAUACUACGGAUAUCCAAUAAGUAAAAUCGAUUGGGAACAUCAAGGCCAAAUCGUCAGCAGCAACGGCCUCUUCCAGAGCAGAUACAAAAGGUCAAUAACCCAACGCCGCAAAAUCAGAAGAAACGCACCUACCGUCAACAUUCACGGAGUGCUGACCAUCUCGGAAGUCGACAAAGAACAAAGCGGUGCUGUAUACACUUGCAUCGUGACAAGUCCGUCAGGGGAAAUGGCCAGAAGGGCUUUCGAGAUCCAAGUAAUCGAAGCGCCAGUCUUAGAUGAACUGCUUUUGGGAAGCAACCUGCAGGAGGGGCAAAUAGCAAACAUUUACUGCAACGUCAGGACUGGAGAUUUGCCGAUACAUUUCGAAUGGUUGAAAGACGGGAAAAGAAUACCUAGCAGUUUGAAGGUGGCAGAAAGAAACUCGGAGCUUUUCAGCGCCCUGGUAAUCAAGAAAGUUUCUUUAGAGCAUUGCGGUACUUACACUUGCGUCGCUUCGAACCACGUAGCAAAAGUUAAUCGAUCCACUGAGCUUUAUAUCAAAGUUGCUCCGAAAUGGUUGGAAGAGCCAUCAAAUACAUCAUUACUUCUCGGCAGGAAGGGAGCAGUCUCGUGUAGUGCUAGCGGAUAUCCUCAACCACAAGUGCAUUGGAUGAAAAAGGACGCGCUGUUAGGAACGUGGCAACCAGUUCUGGAGCUAGCUGGCGGUGGAAUACUCAGCCUUCCGAAUGGUACGCUCGUUAUUGAGGACGUGUCAGUCACGGACGAGGGUUUGUACUCGUGCAAUGUUGAAAAUGGCGUCGGCCAGCCUCUAAGCAAAACCAUCUGGAUGAGUGUGAACAAGCCGGUCCAUUUCGACUCGUCUUCCUCAAACGUGACGUCACAACUCGGACAUGCAGUGUCGCUGCAGUGCAGAGCUCUCGGCGACGACCCUAUCCGCAUCUCGUGGACUAAAGAUGGGAAGAUCAUUAAUCUUCAGAAUCAGAGACUACAGCAUUUGGACUCGAAGGCAAACCAAGGAUUGGAAAGCACCAUCAAUAUUCAAUACUCAGAGACGACUGACGCAGGGCUUUACCAAUGUCGAGCGAAUAAUCCAUACGGUUCUGCGAUUUUUAAUAUACACCUCACCAUAUUGGAGCCACCGAGUCCACCUGCCGAAGUUCGCGUAGAAGCAGUACGCCCUCGAGCCGCACUCUUGUCGUGGCGGGACUCUGCAAGGUCCUCGGUCGCGAACUACCUCGUCCAAUAUUGCGCUCUGAACUACGACCACGACUGGGAUCGAGCAAUCACCAUUAAUCACACUCGCAAAGACCUUGACAUCCGACAGUCUCUAGAACUACAGAAUCUUCGCCCGGCAACCUCAUAUGCAGUGAGGGUUGCUUCAACGAACCAAGUCGGCAUCAGCCAAUAUACUGCGCCACUGCACUUCACCACCCACGAAGAAGCUCCGACGUCACCACCGGUAAACGUUCAAGUGGAACAAACCGAGAAUCCCGGAGAACUGUAUAUCUCGUGGCUACCUCCUCUUAAAGAGACCCAUAACGGUAUUCUUCUCGGCUACCAUCUGAAGGCGGUUGCGCAGAUUAGUGGCGCUGAGGAAGCUGAUUCGAGGACGUUGAAGGUCUCACAGCUUUCCGGCAAACAAGAAACCGUCGUCAGUGGACUCCUCAAAAAUACUAGAUAUGCUGUAUCGAUAUCAGCUUUCACUAGUGCGGGUUCCGGACCGUUCUCGUUACCAGUCUUCCGAGACACGAGAGAAGGAGCACCGGAGCAGGCUCCAUCUUCGGUGGAGUGCACGGCUGUCUCUCCCACCUCGCUACGUAUCGGCUGGCAGCCUCUGACGUCACCGGGACACGGCAGCUCUCUCGUGGGGUACACUUUGCUAUAUGCAACUGAAGAAGGACCGUGGAACAAUGUAACUUCACUCCACACCGAGAUCUAUCUUCAAUCGCUGCUGAAGUACACGAAUUACACCAUCAAAGUGGCCGGCUUUUCCAACUAUGGUGCCGGUCCGUAUUCGUACCCGAUUGUAUGUGCCACACUUGAGGAUGUUCCGGGUCCUCCGCCUGACAUCAAAGUGCUGGUGACAUCAGCCACGUCACUCCUUAUCAGCUGGAAAAGACCAGACCAGCCCAACGGUGAAAUUCUCCACUUCACAGCAUACAUCAAACCAACAACAAGCAAUGGUCCACCUCAGACGCACGUCGUUGAAAGCUCCAAGACCACAAAAGAGGUGCGAGAACUCAGGACAGGAUCCUCAUAUGAGUGCUGGGUCACAGCUUCCACCCGCGCCGGGGAAGGACCUCCUAGUAGAAGAGUUUCACACACUCCAACACAUCGAGUGGUAGCGGGUGUGUCGUCCCUAGGCGGGGUGGUGUCGGCUGGCGCUGGCAGCUCGGUGCUGCUGGGAUGCGCGUGCGUGGGGACGCCGGCGCCGCGCACCGUGUGGUACCGACACCACCACAUCAUCACGCACCACCCCAGAUACACCAGGAACCAUGAUGAUAGUCUGCUCAUUAACAACAUAGAUCAGUCUUUAAGUGGGAACUACACCUGCCUGGCCAAGAAUCUCUAUGGGUCUGAUUCCGUUGAGUACAACGUAGUGGUGCUACCCUUGCCCGAAGCGCCAAUUCUGAGGGCUACACCAUACAAAGACUCAAUUUUAGUAGAAUGGGAACAACCUUACUACAUCACCAACAGAAGUUCCAUUCAAAAGAUUAGUUACAGUCUCACGUGGAAGGAAGCAAACGGUCAGUGGCAAGAAGCGUGGCAGGCUAACAAGAUGCCCGACUUAUCCACAGUCCAUAAGUACUCCUUAAAAGGGCUCAAGUGUGGUACAAAAUAUUCUCUAAGGAUCACAGCUACAAACAAAGUUGGUACAUCACAACCGGCGUAUUUAGAAGUCAGCACGUUGGGAGGAGCACCUGUAGCCCCAUCUACGAAUGAAUGGCUUUGGAGCAAUAGCUCCCAUAUUGUGGUGCAAAUGGCUGGGUGGGAGUCAGCCGGCUGUGAGCUUCGAACUUGGGAAGUUGAUUACAAAGCUCUUGGAGCAAGAACUUGGAUACGCACUAGAAGUAACACGGCUGUAACCGACAGUUGGAAUAUGCUGUACCAAGAUCCAACAUUUCGCUCCGGCUCUCUGGCCAUCGCCGGCCUGGCUCCUGGUACUUGGUACCAGGUCAGAGUGACGGCCACCAACGAAGCCGGAAGCGUAACCUCGCUUUAUAAUUAUGCAACAAAGAAUGAGGACGGAAGUGAAAUCGGCCCGCCCUCAGAUCUUUUUGAUCUGAACAUGCUUGUGAUAAUCUGCAGCUCUAUACUACUGACAGUGUGUCUUCUCGCUUGUCUCUACAUUUUAAUUAAAAGACGAAGAAGCGGCAACCUAACAGAAUACAGGGAUUCAAUAACGAAUGACAAUAAAUCUGACAACGGCAACCUGACGGCCAACACUUCCCACUCGAAUCUGGCCAACGUGAAAGAGAAUCCUGGGAAUCCACAAAACAGGAUAUACAGUGCACCGAUACAUAUGAGAAACAACAGUAAGCACGAACUAUACGAGAUAAGUCCGUACGCGCAAUUCGCUGUUGGCUUCCGGACAUUUGGACAUGUUGAAAAUCAAGAUCUACCAAGUCGGGUCAAGCACAGAUACGACACGGAGACGAGUUUCCAAGUCUGUUCAGAAUCCGAAGACAGUGACAGCAUAUCAAAGUCCACGUUAAAAAGCGUUCCAAGGAAAAUAUGCAGAACUCCGCAUCGCAGAUAACUAAUUACUGGAAAAUAAAAACGAAUGGACCACACUAGAAGGAUAACUGCAUACGAGUAACGAUUAAAAUUUAACGUGUUAUUCAAUCAUACGGCUCUUUUAUAAAUGCACUUUCCUAUUGGACUAAGAGCCGGUCAAUUGGCUGUGUCAAUUGGCUGUGCCGCUCAAUUGGCUGUGCCGUUAGAUACAAAUCGGUGGCACCAACCCGCCUGGCCUGAUCACCUGUGACAUAAAUAUCGACGCUUGAAAGGCAAACGUGACUAAGCGACAAUGCGUGAACUUUACAGUAGACUAAUUUAAAGUUGAAAUACCUGAAAAAAAAUCUAUUUUAAUGAAUCUAGCUGUAGGGAUGAAAUGAUUUUAAUGGACCUAGAAAUAUAUAUUUUUUUGCGCAUCGAAUAUGGUUAUUGCCUAUCAUUUGUGUACAAAGCAGUUAUUGUCGCUUAGUCACGUUUGCCUUUCAAGCGUCGAUAUAUUGAAGAUAACAGUUAAAGGAAAAAUACCACUAAUAAGGACACUGACUUAAAAUUUAUAAGGCUAUUGUAAGAUGAAAGGAUCUCAAAGUCUUAUAAAACUUUUUUUUUUUUUUGCUUAGGUAGGUGGGCUAUCUCACAGCCCACCUGGAUGCUAAGUGGUUACUGCAGCCCAUAGACAUCUACAACGUAAAUGCGCCACCCACCUUGAGAUAUAAGUUCUAAGAUCUUGUAUAGUUACAACGGCUGCCUCGCCCUUCAAAUCGAAACGCAUUACUGCUUCACGGCAGAAAUAGGCAGGGUGGUGGUGCCUACCCGCGCGGACUCACAAGAGGUCCUACCACCAGUAAAAUGCAUCGAUGCACUCAAAUGCAUCGAGCUGUUGACUCCGAAGGAAGGGUUAAAAUUUUUGCGAUUUGUUUCCAAAACAUGAUCUUAAUAAGAUAUGAAAAAAUCGAAAGUUUUUUUCUGUCAAUGCAUAUAUACAGGGUGUACUAAAUGUGUACAAUAUCUAAGAUUUUCCUCAUUGAUAGAAUAAUAUGUAAAUUCUUUGCAUCAAUAAAAAGUAAUUAUAUCUUCUCACGUUAUUCAUUAAUAUAAUCAAAUGCGUGUUCAUAUAUUGUACAGGAAAAUUCAACAUAAUAUUUGGACUUUUCUUUCGUAGUCUCACGGUUCACUGAUCAAUAAUUUUAAUUAGUUGAAUGAAAUUAUUGAACGAAUAACGAUUGAAAGGUAAAAUGUCAAUGAAUAAGGAAAACGAAAUCACAAUACCCGUAAAUGCAGCCGAGAGAACCUCUGAAUGAUUCCCUUAAAAGCUGAGGUCGUUGAUCUCGUAAACGUCAAACACACGUGGACCAUUUGAGCACGUGCCGCGUGUUUGAUAAAACCGACUUAGUAACUGAUUAACAGCUAUACCAUUGUAUGGUUUAUUAUAUAAGCCGGUUUUUUGUAAGGUCUUAUAGAUCGAUGAAUAGCUGUACGCACGAAAAAGUGUCACGUUCCGCCUGAGCUUGAGCGCGCAAGCGAGGGCGCGGAACAAGCGAAAGAGAGGCACGAUCGGCCCAAGCGAUAAUUUAUCGAAAAAAAUAUAAUUUUCAAUCAAAUCCCUCCUUGUAUUACAUACAAAAUAAUGAUAAUUCAGUGAUAAUAAUUUAAUUCAAUUCAAUAAAAAUAAUAAAAGUAUGCAAUUUUUCAUCAAUAUUUCUUUAUGACGUUAUUACGUAAAACUAUCGUCCGUAAACCUGAUUUCCAAACUGUAUUAUCACAUUUAAUGAUUUACGAAUUUUAGAAGGAAUCCCCUUUACUUUCAAACACUUGAGUACAUAUGUAUGUACAUAUGCGUAUUACAUGUGAACAUGAUUUGGCACACCCUGUAUAUAGAUAAGUGAACGCAUUACGCCAGCAAGAAAUCUAGUCGUGUAAAUAAUUUUUUUAGAUAUAAAUCUGUUGAUAGUUGAAUUUGAAAUGCGAAAUUCGAAUUUGCUAGAGGGAGUUUUCUAGCAGAUAAUAUGCUAGCCUAAAUUAUUAUGAGCGAGAUAGCUAUAAUAUAUUAGACAAAGAGGGCAAUAACGAAAUACUGGUUCUUAACGACGAUUGAAUUUGUUCGAGAAGCUUUCAAACAAAUAAAUAAAUAUUAAAAUAUACAUCACUAUUUUACUAUUGUGCCAAUAUUAGAUUGGAUUGGACCUUCUUGAUUCGAUUGGAGAUUGAGAUUGGAUUCUCGGUUGGACCUUUGCUAAAUAUACGUAAACAUUUAUGGAUUCAUGCCACAUGCCAGUAGCAGUAGUCGAUUUUCUAGGCACAUUUAAAAAAUUACAAUAAAUUUUAUUUUUGUGAGCACGCAAUGUACAACAAAAAUCACUUGCGGGGUCAAUGUACUCCUGUGUCGCAAUGGAGCUACAAUUAAUAUUAUUUCGAAUUUCACAUUUUGAUAACAUAGUAUAAUAAUAAUAAUAAUUAUAGUUGUAUUAAAUAAAUCGUUUAAGCUCUUUAGAACUAAUGUUAAAUUUUAAUAUCUACAUAAAAAGACUGAUUUACCAUCUAAUUGUUUCGUUCUAUACAUUUUUGUUCCAGAUAUAAAUAAAUGUUAGAUUUAAUCUA